ACCACACACACACACACACACAGUCGAGGGACGGUGCUGCGCUGCCGGUGGAUCUAUCCGCUCUGUCCCGGACUCUUGCUCCGCGCUGCACCGCUCAUCCAACCGGUGUUUUGGACCGAGAGGGAAAAGUCACAAGGACUGGAGCUACAGGUACCUGUCGGAGUGAGGAUCACCUGGCUGGACGCGACACACACACACACACACACACACACACACACUGAAGGGAAACCUUUGACAUCGUUUGCCCAUUUGGAGUAACUUUGGAUGUGACGCGCAGCUGAUGGUUUGGAGACGGAGAGAAGAAAGAGAAGAAACUUUCCUUCACUUGUUUAAAAAGAGACAGGAAAAGUUUGUUGCACCUGAAUGUGCAGCAGCAGCAGCAGCAGAAGAAGAAGAAGAUGAUGCGUCACUGGUCGUCUUGUGUUCUGGGAGCUGAGUGACGCGUCGGUUUGGAUGGAGCAGAUCUGCGGCGGAGGGAGAGAAUAAAACAAGUUUCCCUAAAAGAAGAAGAACAAGAGGAAGAAGAAGAAAGGUCCGGGAGAAAAGUUGGAUAAAUGGAAGGUGUCUGGCGUCACGUCCGCGCGUCGGAGCAGCAGCAGCAGCAGCCCGCGGCCUUUACGCGCCGUGCGUCGGAGCCGCGACGUGCCGCACCAUGACGCGCGGACAGAGCUGCACCUGACCGCGACUGUGACACACACACACACACACCUGGAGUCACCACACCUCGACGGUUCUAUACCAUGUCCUCACCGCUGAGCAGGAAGCCGACGCUGCGCCAGGCCCUGACCCUCGUCCUGCUGCUCGCCGCUCCCGUCUGCCCGUCCCCCCCACAGAGCGCGUCCUGGGUCUCUGCGUGGGGUCCGUCCGGCGAGGCCUCGUCGUCGGGGGGGCGUCCGGCUCGCGCUCGACGGCAGCUGCACUUCAGGAACGAGUGGGCGGCGUGGGGCGUCUGGUCGGUCUGCUCCCGCAGCUGCGGGGGCGGAGCCUCAGUGAGGACACGCACCUGCAUCACCAGGAACCCAGUGGGCGGACCGUGUGCAGGAGAUCCCAGACAAUACAAGAUCUGCAACACCAAGGAGUGUCCCCCCGGCUCCGAGGACUUCAGAGAGAUGCAGUGUGCUGCGUUCAACAACCGGCCCUUAGUGACUGGAAACUCCUUCCGAUGGUCGACGUUUCACGGAGGCUCUGACCCCUGCGAGCUGAGCUGUCUGGCCCUGGGUCACAACUUCUACUACAACUUUGGCCGCGUGCUCGACGGGACGGCCUGCAACAAGGAGCUGGGAGCGGUGUGUGUCAACGGACGCUGCCUGACGCCGGGCUGCGACUCCAUCUUGGGCUCGAAGCAGCUGGAGGACGCCUGCAUGGUGUGUGGAGGCCACAACUCCACCUGCCUGCACCACAGGAGCGUGUACCAGAGCAACGGUCUGGAGGCAGGCGGACCGUUUGGAUACAACGAAGUGGCCAUGAUACCAGCUGGUGCCACUCACAUCCGAGUCACCGAUAACAGCAGGAAUUAUCUGGCUCUCCAGAACCGUCACUCCCAGUUCGUCAUCAACGGCAACUGGAAGAUCAGCGUGCCGGGCGAGUACAGCGUCGCCGGCACCAAGCUGCUGUACCGGCGUUCGGCGGACACCUGGGAGAGCUUCGAGGUGCCGGGGCCCACCCAGGAAGACCUGCAUCUAAUGGUACUGGCAACAGACAGAAACCCAGACAUCGAGUAUGAGUACUGGCUGCCGCCCGACCAGUACGACAUCCACCACGGGAAGAGUCCACUGCGUCAGGCCCACCACACUGCCAGCUACGUACCCUGGGAUCAACCCACCACGACAACCACCACCACCAGCACCACCCGGCGUCCUCCAGUAACCACCAAACCCCCCCGGUUUUUGAAGCCCGUGAAGCCGCCGCGCCAGUCGGGCCACCACCACCACCACCACCGCCCGCGGCCGCACCAGCCCCGUCUGGAGCGGGAGGACAACCACAGGAACCUGCUGCCUCAGCCCUCACCUGGAAGACAUUGUGGAAGAUGUCCGCAGGUUAAAGGUCGAAGGCAACGCCAGAGACAGUAUUGUCAGAAGGACUUUGUUUUCCGGGCGCGAGUCCUCGGGAAGCUGUACCGCGGCGAGGAGACGCGCUACGACGUCCAGAUCCUCCACACGUACCGCAACGGCUUCCGCCUGGAGCACCGGGAGUUCCUGUGGGUCCAGAACGUGUGCGACUGCCCCCGCCUGGAGGACGGCAGGCAGUACAUACUGAUGGUGCGUCGCCACAUCAACUAUGAGCACACGCUGAACCGCAUCCUGCUGGAGGAGGACAGCUACGUGGUGCCGUACAGGCCCCGAGAGGACGAGCUGCUGCGGCCGCUCGAGAGACUCUGCAGCAACACGGGGCCCAAACACCCGGCGGAGCUGAGCGCGUAGACGGAACAUGAGUGUGUGUGCGUGGACGUCAGAGAAAGACGCUUUAUUCACUUGCUGUGGUUUAUUAUUAUUUUUACUGGGCCUUUAUUCUGCGAUCAAAGCGACGUCCUGAUGGUUUCCAGGGCGUCGCCACCGGAGCACAAGGACCGCUGGACCGUCGACGGACCGACGCAAACUCGCCACACACUGAGAAAAACCAAAGAAAAGACUCCUCAUGUUUAAUUUAAGCUUACUGUACCGUGCAGAGCACUUUAGGUGGACGACCGUGUCCACCUUUAAACACGAAAAACCAAAGAGAAGAACGUUGACUGAAAGGGACGAUUUUGCUGAUUUUCCACAGCUGUCAUUUAAAGGUGACAUAUUAUGCAAACAAAAAACAUCACCUUUUCGGUGUUUGUGCACAUACAUGUGUACCUGAGGAGCCUGCCGUCCCACAAACUGUGAAUAAAGACCACCCAGUCGUUUUUUGUGAGCUGGCUAAACCCUGCAGCCUGAAGCUCUGAACGACUGGUUCAGAUUUCUCUCCCACUGUGAUGUCACAGUUUUGGGGGAAACCCCCGCCUGCAACUGAGAAUCUCCACAUCUCUGGUGAAGGGGCGUGCCUUUUUUCCUACACAUUUUGAAAUUGGUUGCCCAAUCACAACAGACUGGGCCCAGCUGACCAAUCAGAGCAGACUGGGGGGUUUAUCAGGAGGGGGGCGUGGCUAAAAGAAAUCUAGGUGUUUCAGACAGAGGGUGAAAAGAGGAGCUGCAGGAAUGGACGGUAUGAGAACACUGAUGCCUCAUCUGAACUUUAGCGCAUGUUAACCUUUUCAAAAUGGUAACCCAAAAUAAAAGUAUGAACCUGAAUAUGAGCAUAAUAUGUCACCUUUAAUUAUUUUUUUAAUAUUUUUUUUAUGCGUGUAAACCUAAAAAAAAACAUUCACCUCAAAAACACUCAAAGCAGCUACUUAAACACCAUCAAACACCUUUUUGUUUUGUAGAUGUUUGUGUACCAGCAAAUGUUUGAGCGAUCGAAAAUAUCAACAUUAAAUGUUGUUUUUUAUUGUCUCUCCAGCUGCAAUAACACAAAACAUAAAUAUGUUGAAAGAUAAUGAGGAAAUCUCUUGGAUUUGUCAAAACCAAAGAUGUACAGUCACAAUAUGCCGAACAUCGCAGAACGAUGUUCGACUACGUGACAGGUUUUGAAGGUGUGUCUUUUUUUUGCGUUCACUCAAGAUAUCUAACAACAUAUGGCUUCACAGUGUAUUUAUGUAUUAAAAAAAACAACUUAAGCUUAAAUCAUAACAAAUUAUUUUAUGUCACUUGUUUAAUGUCUUUUAAAAUGUCUAUUAAUUUUCAUAUUGUGUGUUUUUGAUCAGGUCUGCUUCGUGGUACUUUACACGGAAAUAUACAGUAUUUUAUUUUGUGGCACUAAUUCAAACUAUAGACUUGCCGUCUGUUCAAUAUUUAACUCCUUUGCAUUUUGUGUGCGCAUUUGAAAAAAAUUCAAAAUUUUCGCCCAAAAACCUCAUCUACAUGUGCCAAAAGUUUUUUUUGUGUUCUGUGCGUGUGCAUUCGUCCAUGUGAUGUAUCGAUAAAAAAAAGUUUUCUUGGUGUGAAAUUAUUAUAAAAGUUCACAAAAAAAACAUUGCAA